AUGCCUUCCGCCGCCGAGGCCAAGGGCUACCGCCCCGUUGACGCCGCCGACAACGACAACGGCGACUGGGACGCCGACCUAACCCGUCGCGAGGCCUUGUUGGCCCGGCGCGAGAAGCGCCUCAAGGCCGGCUCGGCCGGCAACGCCUUCGUCUUCAUGAUCUCGCUCUGCCUGGCUGCCAUUUCCUGGUUCUCCAAGCCCUCGUUGCUCGAGUGCGACCGGAUGACCUCGCCAUAUUCGCCCGUGUUCAACGGAGGCAUCGAGCACUGGGAAGGCGACUUUCACAAUUCCUUCAACCAGACGUCAAAGUACAGAGGCCCGCCGACGCUCGAACUGGAGACGGCCUGGGAAGAGCUGUGGUAUCAACCCGGUGUCGGGCUCACUAUCGACGAAAUCGCCAAGCUGAACAAGACUCGCCCCGGAGUCAGCUUCACCGAGAUUGAAGGCAGCGACCCCAAAAAGCCCACCUACGCGGCAACUCUCGAGGUCUUUCACCAACUCCACUGCCUGAGCCUCAUCCGCCAGUCGACGUGGCCGCUGCGCAUGUUCAACGAGAGCUGGCACUCGUACCCCUGGUUUCUGACCGACGAGCUGGCCGGCCGCAUGCACGUCGACCACUGCCUCGAGUCGCUGCGCCUCAGUCUCAUGUGCUACGCCGACGUCACGCCCGUCCUGGCCGAGGACAACCCAUCGCGCCCGACCGGCCUGCAGCUCGACUUCAACGUCCACCACAAGUGCCGCAACUACGACAAGAUGCUCGAGUUCGUUCGGUCCCACGGCGUGGACGUGCCCCCCGAGUAA